GACACCUUACCAACCCCAGUCAAUUUGCAUAGGUGGAGGAUGAGGGAGGACCCACUGUGCAGGAUGUACGGCGGGAAAGGAACAACGGCGCACAUUCUGUCAGGGUGUAAGACCGCAUUGACACAGGGGAGAUACAGGUGGCGCCAUGAAAAGGUCUUGGCAGUGCUUGCAGACAUUCUAGAGCAAGAAAGGAGGAAGAAACAACCAGCCAAAGCCCGACCACUGCUGAGCAACAUCGUCUUUGUGAAAGAGGGCCAAAGACCUGUCAUCCACAGCCAAGUCAGGCAGAAUCUCCUGCAGUCAGCCCAGGGAUGGGAAAUGGAGGUUGAUCUUGGGAGGAAACUCCACUUCCCCAAGGUGGUGUUGUGCACAACACUACGGCCGGACAUCAUCAUGUGGUCUCCAGAGGGAGGGAAGAUCAUUCUAGGGGAGUUGAUAGAGCCGUGGGAGGAGGGCUGUGAGGAAGCUGCAGAGAGGAAAAAACCCAAAUCCCAGAAACUUGUUCAAGACUGCCGGGACAAAGGGUGGACGGCGUGGCUGAUGACGGUGGAAGUCAGAUGUCAGGGAUUCCCUGCUCAAUCUGCAUGGAAUUUAUUAACAAAGGUUGGAUUGAGGGGCCACUUAAGGAAAGCAGCCAUUCGUAGGCUGGGAGAAGCGUCAGAGAGAGCCUCCUGUUGGCUAUGGCACAAGGGAGAGGACAUAAGCUGGAAGCCUGGAAGAGAGGGGCAGUGACCUGGCCAGUCACUGCUGGCCCGCCAGCUGGAGGGUGUUGUGGUUAAGGGUCGAAACACCCAGUGAAGGUUGAGCACCACCUGAUGACCUCUCUCCCUGGCCAAGGCUUCAUCCAUUAGAAAUGGGGAACAAUCCGUGGGCAGUUUUUACAAUCUCCAUGGUUACACUGCAGGUCACAGGGGAAAUGGAGACAGGAUGUGGUUUCAGGUUUGAGGUGAGGAAGUUAUUUCUUUGCUUCAGCAGCUAAGCGCAACAUUAUGUCUGUUAAUAUAACAGAACUCUUUAACUUUUUCCUCAACCUAGAAGUGAACAGUUUAAGAGCCUUUAAAUAUUCCACCUAGAGAAAAAUAAAGAAAGACACAAUUUGUAACAGGGAGAGCUUUGAAAACCAUUUCCUCAGUUGUUAUGCAAUUCAGAAAAGCAGGUACAUAAGCCAUGUAUGUAUUUUUAUGUGCAGUCUCUGCAGUGUAUGAGAAUGUGGAAUUACUUAAAGGGAUGGUUCGCUCAUAAAUGAGAAUUUUGUCAUCAUUUACUCACUCUCAGUUCAAACUCAUAACUUUCUUCCCUAAAUGAAACACAAAAGAAGACAUUUUGAAGAACUAUACUCCCAUUUGCAUGCUUUGACAAUAAAUGGGUACUGAAGAUGUCCAGCCUAAAGAGGGCCCCACAACCCCAUACAAUAUA